CCUGUCGCGCUGCGCCGGUCCGCCGAUCCUCGCCCGCUGCCGCCGCUGCCAAAAUGACUACAACCGCGCCUGCAGGGUCAAGCGCUGCCUCUGGCAGUAGUAGAAGACUUCAGCAGACACAAAAUCAAGUGGAUGAGGUGGUGGACAUCAUGAGGGUCAACGUGGAUAAGGUGUUGGAAAGAGAUCAGAAGCUCUCUGAGUUGGAUGACCGUGCAGACGCACUGCAGGCAGGAGCCUCCCAAUUUGAAACGAGUGCUGCCAAGCUGAAGAGAAAAUACUGGUGGAAGAAUUGCAAGAUGUGGGCAAUAGGGAUCAGCGUUGUCGUCAUCAUCAUCGUCAUCAUCAUUGUGUGGCGUGUUUCUUCCUGAAGAACCAGUGAAACUCCAGCCUGCUGUUCAAGAAACCUCUUCAAGAGUUUUGAUUUAGAACCUGCUAUGUUAUAAAGCUUACCUACUGUUAUAUCUAAAAUGAUUAUUUUCUGUUAGUGACUGUAAAGUUUGUUUUCUAGGAAAUGUGCCUUUGUUUUGUAAUAUGCACUGCAAACUAGAGGUGUAGUCAGCCCAGCCCCCAUUUUGCACAGUGUCUUUUCAAAUUUACAUAUGGGCUGAUGAAGAGGACUUCUUAAGUUGCAGAGUGUAAUAACCUAGCAGUAAUGUUGUCUGAUUAACUGCCAGUGAUUCCAGUUAAGGAAAUUUGUUCCAAGUUAGCUGUCCUAGUCACAUGACAUUACCCUCACUUUAAACCUUUGGGUAGUCAGAUUCCAAUUUGUGCCUUCCAGAAAGAACACUACUGCCUAACACAAAUACAGGCUGUGCCUUAUUUUGCUAUUUUUCUGAUUCCCUUUAAGAGAACUCUCUACUGUUUAUAAACACUGCUGACUUUUUCGCUGUAUUUAAAACAAGAUGCUGGUAAAGAGUUUUUGCUCCUGCGUUAGAUAUGAAGAUGUUUACUUUCUUGUUACUG